GGACAGUGCCGAAUCUUCUCCUCUUUGUUCGCGUCUUCUUCCUCGCGCGGCUAGGGCAAGCGAUUUUCCCCAUCACCUCCGGUCGGCAACAUUUUCCUUCAUCGCCGCUGGCCGGCUCUCACAGUCCCCUCUUCUCUGCUUCUUUCUACCAAGGCUAGGGCUCGGUAUUUUUCGACUGCUCGUGUUUUCUUCUCCCGACGCCCCCAAGCUUCCGCUUCUCCGAUCUGCUCAAGCCAGCGACGAAUGACAACUCCGGAGGCUCCUGUGAGCGGAGACGACUUCUACUAGGGUUUUUCUUCUCCAAUGGAGCAUUCUGCGCCGGUGUAGUGAGUCUCUUUGCUCCAGAUUCGUGAUAAAAGAGCGGCAGCACCUAAUUAGGGCUUCUUGGUGGUGGGGCGUUCUUCUCUGGCAAGCACUCCUCUCAUCCCUUCCUCAGUGGAGAUUUACCUGCGGACGACGUUCCAAAAGCAUAGGGUUCCACAGAGGAAGCCGGUUGUUCCUUCUUCUCCGACGAGUUUCAUCUCUCUAAAUUCAUCACUAUGCUGUGGUGGAGCUUUCACCUGUAGACGACAUUCCAGAAGCAGUGACCAUCCAUCUCAAAGCAGUGACCAUUCAAUUCCGGCAGAAGCGAAUUUGUGUGUCAAUUUCCAGCCAAUCAGAGGUUAAUCGUUGAGUUGUUUCCACCAGUGAAGGCGUUCCAGAUCUGGGCCCUUCGUGUGACAGAGAAGGCUGCUUUUUUGACUUUCUAUUGGUCCUUCCAACUUUGACUCUUCAUGGAAUUUUAUGAAGUCCAACUGUCCCUUUAGAUGCUUCAUUCUGAAAUAAUUGUUCCACAUUAACUGGAGUUGAUGCAGCACUGUUUAACUGUGGAUCUAAGGGAGACAUUUGUACUUCAUUUCUAUGAGUUUGGAGUCUUUAAAAAAUUAGAACAACAGAGAGCCAAUCUUUAAGUUCUGUUGUGGGAACUGCAAAUUGAACACUUGCUUUGUCUAUGGAUGUCAUUGAGAUCGAGUCAUCUACUAGUGAAGAUGGUUCCUUUGAUUUUGGAUUAUCAGACACAUCUUUAAUUGACGAAGCUGAGGAUCAACAGGUAAAUAGUGCACAAAGUUUCACCACAGGGAAUAACCAUUCUAUAGACAGAACUGAACUACAAGGUGUAUCAGGCAUGCUAGAUACAAGUCAGUCUUAUAAAAAAGAGCCAGUGCGUUCUUUUACAAGACCAAAUUUUGAUAGUAGGAUGGAAACUAAGAGAAAUGGUGAGACUACAAAAGGUGAAAAUAGUGUAAUUGGGCCUUCAUCUUUUGCUGGAGGAAAUUCAAUCAAUGCUUUGACUAGGUUUAAAGCAUCACAGUCUGUGGAUGAGAAGUUCCGCAAAUUGCCAAACACUUUAAUGGAGAGUAGAGACAUUAUACAUGGAGCUACCACGAAUUGGAUGCAGCCCUCAUCCCUGGUUCAUGGAAAAUCUAUCAGCAGUUUGCAUUCAGCUAGCACCAGUGAAGUACAAAAGCACUUGGGCAUAGGAGGUGAUAGGCACAUAGAGCGUGAUGAAAGGCAUAUAUAUCAGGAAGCUUUGCAGAAUCUUGGUCAACCACGGCUAGAGGAUGACCUGCCUCAGGGUCUUUUGGCUGUUCCUCUUUUUAAGCAUCAGAAAAUAGCCUUAGCUUGGAUGGUUCAGAAGGAGAAAAGUACACAUUGUACAGGUGGAAUUCUUGCAGAUGAUCAGGGCCUUGGUAAGACUAUAUCCAUGAUAGCUCUGAUACAAAAGCAAAUGGCUCAACAGUCAAAAUUUACAUCAGAUGUUUCAGAUUGUGUAAAACCAGAAGCCUUAAAUCUAGAUGAGGAUGAUGAUGGGGUUACUGAAGCGGAUAAGACAAAAUUACAAUCCAGAGAAAGUGAUCUUAAAUGUGAGAAAGUGACUUCUUCAAUGAUCAACACAUCAAGCAACACCAGGCCAGCUGGAGGUACAUUGAUUGUGUGCCCUGCUAGUGUUCUUCGGCAAUGGGGUAGAGAGUUGGAUGAAAGAGUUCCAGAAAGUGCAAAGUUAUCUGUUCUCCUAUAUCAUGGAGGUACACGGACAAAGCAUCCCAAUGAACUAACAAGAUACCAUGUUGUUCUGACCACCUAUUCAAUUGUGACUAAUGAAGUUCCAAAACAGCCUAUAGCUGAUGAUGAUGAAGGAGAGCAAAAGAACCAUGAUAAGUAUGGGCUAUGUCCAGACUUUUCAUCCAACAAAAAGAGGAGGCAGUCCUCCAAUGAACAGAAUAAUAAGAAGAAAGGGAAAAAAUCAAAAGAGUCUCUUCUUGACUUUGGCAGUGGUCCUCUUGCUAGAGUUCGGUGGUUUAGGAUUAUCUUAGAUGAAGCUCAAACUAUAAAAAAUCAUAGAACUCAGGUUGCUAGAGCCUGUUGUGGUCUUCGGGCCAAAAGAAGAUGGUGCUUAUCAGGGACACCGAUGCAGAAUACAAUUGAUGAUCUCUACAGCUACUUCCGUUUUCUGAAGUAUGAUCCUUAUUCUGUAUAUAGCUCCUUCUGCGCUUCUAUAAAACAUCCAAUAUCUAGAAAUGCGAGUAGUGGAUACAAAAAACUUCAGGCUGUCUUAAAAACAGUCCUGCUUCGACGCACCAAAGGUACAAUUAUUGAUGGGGAGCCAAUUCUUAAACUACCGCCGAAGUCAAUUUGCUUGAAAAAAGUAGAAUUUUCUCAUGAAGAACGAGAGUUCUAUUUAAAGUUGGAGGCUGAUUCACGGCAACAAUUCAAGGAAUUUGCUGCCAUGGGGACGUUGAAACAAAAUUAUGCAAGUAUAUUGAUGCUUCUGCUGCGACUUCGGCAAGCCUGUGAUCAUCCCCUCCUAGUUAAAGGAUUUCACACAGAUACUAUUGGAAAAGAUUCACUUGAUAUGGCAAGACAACUUCCCAGGGAAAUGCUUAUUAAUUUACGUAACCAGUUGGAAGGUUUGGCGAUUUGUACCAUCUGCAGUGAUCCACCAGAAGAUGGUGUUGUAUCAAUGUGUGGGCAUGUCUUCUGCUACCAGUGUGUAUCCGAACGUUUAAUUGGUGACACGUGUCCUGCACCUGGUUGUAAAGAUAUACUUGGUACUGAUUGUGUAUUUUCACGUGGUACCCUGAAGAGUUGCAUCUGUGAAAAUUUUGAUGAUGAAACUUCAACCAGUUCUACAUUUGAUGAGCAACAGAUUACCCAUAGUGGCUAUGUAUCAUCUAAAAUUAAAGCAGCACUUGAUAUACUGACGACAAUUGCAAGUCAAAGUUCAAGAUCUGUUCAUGAUCUUAUAGGUGAUUCUGCUUCUGCUCAAUUAAACUUGACUACUGAAGUUCCGGAGAAGGCCAUUGUUUUCUCCCAGUGGACCAGCAUGCUAGACUUGCUCGAGCUUUCAUUGAAUGAAAACCUAAUACAGUACAGGAGGCUUGAUGGAACAAUGACUCUUGUGUCACGAGACAAGGCUGUAAAAGACUUCAACACUGAUCCAGAGGUAACUGUUAUGCUUAUGUCGUUAAAAGCAGGAAGUCUUGGCCUGAAUAUGAUUGCUGCCUGUCACGUAAUUCUUCUUGAUCUUUGGUGGAACCCAUCUACCGAAGACCAAGCAAUUGAUCGAGCACACAGAAUUGGUCAGACUCGUCCUGUGACUGUUUCCCGAAUAACUGUCAAAGAUACAGUUGAAGAUCGGAUAUUGGCUCUUCAGGAGGAGAAGAGAAAGAUGGUUUCUUCUGCAUUUGGCGAAGACCAAACGGGUACUCAUGCGACCCGGCUCACAGUAGAUGAUCUUAGAUAUAUGUUUAACUGUUAUGACUAAGUUUUGGUGUGGAUCAUCCCCAUUGGAUUCCAAUAUUUUUGGACAUGAGAUUGUGAUGCUCAUUGAACUUUUUUGCAGUGUUUGCUCCAUCCGACAAAGUUCCUUCCUUUUUCUUGUUUGUAGUCAUAGGUCGCUAACAUAUGUAACAGUAAUAGCACGAUCCAACGAAGGGAUGGAGCAUAAGUUGUAAAUAUGUAACAGGUAUUUUGCCAAGAUGAAUAUGCUGUGUACUUUUAUGGUU